UGAAGACAGUGGCGACGCACGACCUCGACAUGAUGUGAAAUGAAGCCUUCCACCAGGCAAUACGAUGGCUGCGAGGAAGUGAAAAGUGUACACUGCAUGCAGUUUGCAAUUAUGAAGUCUUGAGCUCAACGCCUCAAAUGUCUGCAUCAUCAUUGUUGCUGCCGUGCCUUCGAACACAACUAUAUUCACCGCACAUGGCACUGAUAUAAAACUAUCCUGGAAUUAUAUCAUUCUUUCUACAUAUCUUCACACAAAGUCAACUCACCAUGUCUCAACCGAACUCGAAAGACAAUCGCGCCCGGCUUCCCGAAGCCGCCCACGAAGAUACCCCUGGCAUUGCUGGAGAUCAGGCACGCGGCCAGGCUCCCCCUUACGCGUACGAUCAUGGCAUCCUAACAAACUAUAACCUUGCAGCGUCAUAUACAACUGUUUAUGGCGACUCGGCUGACAGGGAUUGGCAAGACGUUGCUCUACUGUUCGCCAGUACGCUUCUGAAGGUCAAUGCGUUGAAUGAGGCGCUCCAUCACGCCUUUCAAGCCAGGGAUGCACACGCUUUCGCUUUGUGCGAUGACUUCGUCCGCAACUUCGAUAAGUGCCUUCAGGAUCGCAUCUUAGCCCUCGCCCGUGGCGAAACACAUGACGUUCCGGGUCAUGAGCGUCUGCCCGGAGCAAGCAUGAUGCGCUGGGCCUCGAAGAACGCUUCAAAGACUAAAGUGGACUCCUCCACUCAGACCGUAGAAGACGACGGCUCCUCACAUUCGAUUCCCGAGGUCACAGUAAAUAUUCCACACCCUGAUGAUGGGUCUCCUCGCAGGGAGCGUUCCCGUAUCGUGCCUGUUGAGAGCACAGGCACUGAAACUGUCCCUUUCAACGAUGACCAGUUCAACACCAAGCAGGGGAUGUAGAUCAGUAUGGGCUGCUCUAGCAGGAUGAAAACAUUGAAAGUAGCCUCA